AUGCCGUCUGCGCCGUUUGUUGACGAAAAUGGUGUCGCGGUCGAGUCCGUCGAGCUCCUUGUUGAGCAUCUUUGCGAGCUGGUCGUUGAACGCGUCGCAGUCGUCCAGAUCGAACACUUUGUUGACGAGCCCAAGCUCGCGCAACUUGGCCGCCGGCAACGGUUUGGCCAGCAGCACGUGUUCCAACGCCGUACUCAGGCCAAGCCGGUGCGGCAGCGACACCGCUGCUGCGCAUUCGGUCGUGAGACCGAUGUUGGUGAACGGGAACGACAUGAACACCUUUUGGUUCUGGGCGUAGAUGAUGUCUGCGAGAGCGACGAGCGACGCUGUGAGCCCGAUCACCGGCCCGUUGAGCCCGACCACGAGCAGUUUGCGGUGCGACGUGAACAGAUGCACCAGAUACAGGUUUUUCGCGCUGAUCUCGCUGAGGAUCUCGCUGCUGGUCUUGUUUUUCAGCUCGGCGACCGUCUUGAUGUUGGCUCCCGCAGAGAACAUCGGGCCCCUGCCCACGACAAGCGUCGCUGUUGUGUGCGGGUGCUUGUCUGCCAGCUCGAGCAGCUCGGCGAGCUGCACAAACUGGGGGAUGGUGAGGGCGUUUCUGGUGUGCGGGUCGUCCAGGACGAUCACAAACACCUGGCCGACGAUUUUAUAGCUUGGAGACAUGUAGAACGACAGCGAGAGGGCAGGAAUAUAAAAAGCACAGAAUGUGGGGUACUGGCAUGUGAAAAAUUUACUGUGUGUUUGCGAAAAGGCAGCGUACAAGGCAGGCAGGCCGUGGACACGUCUGAGACAGGCCUGAGCUGGGCCUUUGAACACCAACGCCAACAAUUUACCCUUCCACCUCCCGACCUUCUCUUGAUCCUUGCUCGCGGAGGAUUUCCCUGCCCGGCGUUUCGGCAGCGACUUCCGCGAAAAAAAAAAAUCAGCUACACUGCAGCUACUUGUAUAAAUACACUGGCCGCAUCCACCAGCUCUCAAAUUUCCAUGCGCUCUUUCCUGCUGUUGCACAGACGCGGAGUGGCCCAGCUGGCCUACUUCCAGACGCCGAAGCACGUCACCAACGAGAUCGUGAAACCGUUCGCCAAGCACGACCAGCUCGACUGGGACCUGCUCAAGAGCGAGCUGUUCUCGUUCACCGACACCACGACCAAGGUCCCGCUCGUGAUUGGCGGCAAGGAGUACUACAGCAGAGACCUCAAGACACAAGUCAAUCCGGGCAACCACAAACAGGUGAUUGCGGAGUACGCCACCGCGACGGAAAAAGACGUCAGAGAGGCGAUCGACGCGGCACAGACGGCCAAGAAAGACUGGCUCAACACCCCGUUCGACGACAGAGCAGCCAUCUUCUACAAGGCCGCCGACCUCAUCUCGACCAAGUACAGACACCGUAUGCUGGCCGCGACGAUCCUCGGCCAGGGCAAGAACGUGUACCAGGCAGAGAUCGACGCCGUGGCAGAGCUCGCAGACUUUUUCCGGUUCAACAUAAAGUACGCGCACCAGCUGUACAACUCGCAGCCUCCAGAGUCGACCAACGGCGUGUGGAACCGUGUUGAGUACAGACCGCUGGAGGGAUUCGUGUACGCGGUCACUCCGUUCAACUUCACGGCCAUUGCUGCCAAUCUGGUGGGUGCUCCGGCGCUGAUGGGAAACACUGUGGUGUGGAAGCCAUCUCAGUACGCCGUGCUGUCCAACUACACGAUGUUCCAGAUUCUGAGAGAGGCCGGGCUGCCAGAAGGCGUGAUAAACUUCAUUCCUGGCGACCCAGAGAUGAUCACCAACUCUGUUCUUGCCGACAGAAAUUUCAAUGCUCUGCACUUCACCGGCUCGACGCAGGUGUUCGGCGACAUCUGGGCCAAAAUUGCCAACAACACCGCACAGGGCAAGUACAGGGACUUCCCGAGAAUCGUUGGCGAGACAGGCGGCAAGAACUUCCACCUGGUGGACAAGUCUGCCAACGUGAGCCACGCGGUCCUGUCGACAAUCCGCGGCGCGUUCGAGUACCAGGGCCAGAAAUGCUCAGCCACCUCGCGUCUGUAUGUGGACGCCCAGAUCUGGCCCGAGUUCAAAAAACAGCUUGUGCAGCACACCAACGAGAUCGUGCCUACCAACACCUCGGCCACCAACGGCCUGCACCGGUUCAUGGGGCCUGUGAUCCACCAAAACUCGUUCGACAAGCUGAGCGCAGCAAUCGACUCCAUAAAGGACGACGCCGAGCUGGAGCUGCUGUGCGGCGGUCUUGCCAACGCGUCCGAGGGCUACUUCGUCAAGCCGACGAUCGUCGAGACGUCGAAUCCUGUCCAUCCGUUCAUGACCACGGAAUUUUUCGGCCCGCUGCUGACCGUCUACGUUUACGAGGAUCUCGACCAAAUUCUGCCCCAGAUCGACUCUGCCACCAAAUACGGUCUGACGGGCUCUGUUUUCGCCUCUGACCGCCAAAUCAUCAGAAAAGUGCAGGAGGAGCUCAGGUACUCUGCAGGAAACUUCUACAUCAACGACAAGUCCACGGGAGCCGUUGUUGGCCAGCAGCCGUUCGGCGGAAGCAGGAUGUCGGGAACCAACGACAAGGCCGGCUCUGCGUCGAUUCUGUCGAGAUUCGUCACUCCGCGGGCCAUCAAGGAGAACUUCUACGAGAUCUCCGACUACAGAUAUUCUAGCAACUACGAGUAA